UCGCCGUUCCCAUUGAAACUCCAUCACACGGAUUUUUCCAGUUCCUGCCGCGCCGAAAAUAGCCCGGCUGCUCCCCGCCGCUGUGGUCUAAUUCCUCAGGAACCGGUGGAUCCAGUUUGAUCCAUCCCUCUCUCUGUGUUUCCCUUCAGCAAACUUGUUGAGUCCCCCCCCCCCCCCUCGGUGUUCCUACUGUAGAGAGAAAAAAAGAAAAGCGAGGUGUAGCGUUGGACUUCCGAGGACAUGUCGUUAGUCGGGAUCAUGCAGGUGUAGGGCUCGAUGAGGCGGUGCCGCUGCAGGUGGAGAACUCGACGGGACGCAACAGGACGCCGUGUAGGGAGACCGGAGAUGCGCUCCUCUUUACCUGCGCUCCUCUGAAUAUACUCCGAUUAUUGGAACGAGCGAACCACCGGACGAAGUAGCUCAUUGAGGCUUGUUUUUUUUGUUUUUGUUUUUUUGUUGCAUUAAAAGGAAGGUGGAGACAUCCCGCCAGCCCCCCCUCGUCCUUCACUGAAAUCACCAACUCACUGUGCACAGGGGACACGUUUGAAGUACUCCUGAAGCACUGGAAAAUGGAGGCUCCCCGUGGUUUCUGUGCUAAGCUAAAAAUUAAACAGGAGGAAGAGACAGCGGAGGAGACGGACAAGAGAAGCCCAGCAGGCCCGACGGAAGAGGAAGGAGUGACAUUGGAGGAAUCCAUGACUGACAGCCCGAGCGACGUGCAGGAUGGAUUAUCUGAGCCCAACGUGACGUCUGAUUUAGGAAGUCAACAAACACACGGUGACAGGCCGUUCCAGUGUAACCAGUGUGGCGUCUCAUUCACCCAGAAGGGAAACCUGCUAAGACACAUCAAGCUGCAUACAGGCGAAAAACCCUUCAAAUGCCCCUUCUGCAGCUACGCCUGCCGGCGGCGCGAUGCCCUCAGCGGGCAUUUGCGCACUCAUGCUGUUGGCAAACCGCACAAGUGCAACUUCUGUGGGCGGAGCUACAAACAGCGCACUUCUCUGGAGGAACAUAAAGAGCGCUGCCAUAGUUACCUGCAGGGUAUCGGCGUGGAUCUGAAUGCCAACGCUGGCCGUUACACAGGUGAGGUCCCUAAAGACUCGAGGCCUAUGGCGGAGCCCAGCACCAUGGCUACCUACGAUCGGCCACCUGUUAUUGAAAGACUGCACAGCAACGUGGGCAAGAGGAAAAGUACCACUCCUCAGAAAUUUGUGGGUGAAAAGAUGGUUCGCUACGGCUACCCUGAACUAGGCUAUGAGAUGGGCCUUAAGUACGAGAAGCAGGCCGAAAUGAUGUCGGCCCACAUGAUGGACCAGGCCAUCAGCAAUGCCAUCACGUACCUGGGAUCGGACACUCUUCGGCCCAUGCUCCACCAUCCGGGUCCCCCUCUCUCCAUGCCGGAAAUGGGGCCCAUGGUGAACCCCCUCUUCCACCGCGUCCUGCCAUCGGGCCAACGAACAGAUCACCCCGGAAACUGUGACGCGCUGAAACCUCAGCGCCUUCAGCCGCACGACUUCACCAGCCAGCCCGCCACAAAUGGGCCGACUGCUUUAAGCAAGCUGCACCAUCCAGGGCAAGAAGAAUCUCCCAACAACAGCGGGGUCGGCUCUCCUGACUCGGACCGCAGCAGCCCUCAUGAGGGGCGGGCGCACCGUGCGAGCAAUCCCGCCCCCGGCCUCAGGUCUCGAGCCAGUCCGGCGGUGAGCUACUCAGGUGAGCGAGCGACAGAAGUGUCACCCAGGAGUGGGGCAGCAAUGGGGACUGGGAUGAUGCGAGCGCCCACCGACAGGCCUCCGAGCCAGGACGGGGUUCGGGUGUUUGGACGAGAGGGCCAGGAGUUGCGCGCCUACCAGUGCGAGCACUGCCGGGUGCUCUUCCUGGACCAUGUCAUGUACACCAUCCACAUGGGUUGCCACGGAUACAGAGAUCCAUUGGAGUGCAACAUCUGCGGUCACCGCAGCAAAGACAGCUAUGAAUUCUCCUCUCACAUAGUUCGUGGUGAACAUACCAUCCAGUAAACGGAUGGGUAGGAAUAUUAGGGAAAGACAAAAACCCUCCUUACCCUCAGGCAUCUGAGACUGCACAGUUGAAGGGCACUGUAGAAAAGUGUAGCACAAUCAUAGCAUAUGCUUCUUUAAACCAGUUAUGUGAAUCUGAGCAGGUGAACAAUCAUAUGAAGGUACGGGCCAAAGACAUUAUUUCUACAUGUGUAAUUGAGAUUAAUAAAGCAGAAGGAAGGUGUGUUUUAUUUAUUUUUCUUGCAAAAUGUUAUGAAUUGUUUAACAGAGCAGCUUGAGCUAGUUUUUUUUUUUUUAGUCUCCGGUUUUGCUUGUCAUGUCAUCGUGCUUUUGUUACAAAAAAAUAGUGCAUACAAAUACGAAUGUCAUAUUUAUCCGCGGGCAGAGGUAAAGUCUUCAGAUAAUUUUAAUUAAAUGAUAAUAAUACAAUGAAUGAUUUCUGUCAUGGACAUAACAACGGCAUUGCAUGGAACUGGCCCACCUACUGUGGCUUAUCACACAGGAUCCAUCAAGUAUCUUUCUGUUCUAUUGCCAUGGCCCCCGUAUUGUUUUAGCUUUGAAACAUGUUGGUACACAUAUUGUCAUGGUCCAGUAGUACUGUGUGUUGCUAGAAACUCAAUGUCCAUUCGGUCUUGAUUGCCAGUUGUCUCUGAUUGUAUCUCGCUGCAGUUCAAGAGUCGUGCCCUUAUCUUCAGAAUCAGUGUGGUUCGGUAUUGCUUUGUAUAUUUGCAUAGUUUUAAAAGGCUUAACAUGCAAAGAUUACUAUGGUGUUUGUGGAAAUGCAAAUUACUUUAGACUUUACAAUUGAGCCCAAAUAAUAGAUAAGAAAGAUAUAGUUGAGACACAUUCUCAUUCCGUCCUGUAAAUGUAUUUUAGGAGAACUUGGAGGCGGUGAGACAAUGAAGAGAAGGUUAACACGGCUGUUUCGGAUGUGUCAAUAAUCACAAAUACAAACGAUCAUAUACGUAGACAUAUGCAUAUCAUAAAUUACGCAAAUGACGCUGAUGGAGUUUUAACCAAAAUUUGACACCCAAAAACUAAUGUUAACACUCAAAAGGUUACAUAGCCUGCUGAUGACAGAAAGCUACCUCCUAAGAGCCUUUACAAAAUUCAGCAGUGAAGUGGGCUGUUUUUUGUCUUAGCUAGACUCGAGUAGUAGACUAAUGACGCUCGACACCAAUGCUAGUGGAACCAGCUAACUAGCCUCCUAACCUCUCACAAAAUCCUAUCUAUGUUUUAGAUUAUUAAUUGCUGAUUGCUUACUUACACCCCCCAUGUUUUUCGUGUAUCCGGGGCUGGUAGAGCACUUCCAUACCGCUACUACCACAGAGAGAGAAGACCACCAACUUCCUGUGUCUAACUUGUAUGUUGAAAAAUAUUUUGAAGAAAAAAAAAAUAUUGUCCUAGUUCAUUUUUUAAUAACAUAUGUAAUCAAACCUGCAUGAAGAUUCUACCAUUUUCAAACACAUGGGGGGGGGGCAGGAUCACUAACACUGGAAGCAUUUCCAAUUAAAGUUGAAAUAAAAUGCAUUUACAGUUCCUUUGAAUAAAAUGAUCAAAUAUUCACAUAAAAGAUGUACAAAUAUUUAUGACAAUCUUAUAUCUAUCUCAAGAAACUCCUUUCUUUGUUUAUAUUUAGACUAAAUAAUCCGCCUUGGUAAAGUUUGCACCUACAAUGUUUAAUUGUAAGUUAAUUUAAAGGUUUAUUGACUAUGAAGCUAAAUAGCUUUGGAAGGAGUACAGGAAGGAUAUACUAAUGCAUAUUUCGCGCAAAUGAUGCCCAUUUAUGAUUCCUUGACAGUUCAUGUACAAAAGGAUUGGAUCCUGGUUAUUGGUGUUUCUUGCGGUCUAAGAACACCGUUGGAUUCCUAGUUCUAGCGGACUUACACGUUGACGGAGCGUUUGCAUCUAAUGACUCCAAAUGAUGCUUUAUGGCAAUGGAUACCAAAGAGAUGAAGGAGGUUAAGGAUACUUUUAUUACUUACUUAUUUUAAAGAUUCUUUUGUUCUUAUCCAAUUUGUGCUAUUGGAUGGUUUUGUGUAUGCAUAUAUAAUUACUGUGUUGUUUGGGGGGUAGGUUCAUACAGGAUGUCCAUUUCUAGAUGGUUAAAGGUUCUUAUUCAAUGAAAGCUUUCAUCCUACAUACUCCAUAAUAUGUCAUGACAAAGACAGAGAAACAUCUACGGGCUUUGUCCUUUUCACCUUGACAUUUUACCUCCCGCACCUUUGUGUUCCGCUAAAUGCCUAAAAUUGACUUUUUAACAGACUUAAGAAGAGAAAAAAAAGAGAAAUCCCCGAUGUGCAUGAUGGGGAUUUUGUUCUGCAGAUUUCUUCAUAUCUAACCUUUUGAAGUGAGCUUUGAGGAUGGGACACCACGAGGAAAAGGGAGUGUGGUUAAACAUAUAGUUUUAGUUUGAAGGCACCUCCCUAAACCGUAGCAUUCCACUGUAAGCCCACUGUGACAUAGAAAAGCACACGUAGGAACAAUGUAAAGGGCGAUGAAGAGAUUAGCAACUAUCCAGCUCCAAAUCCCUCGUUCAUGUACAGUCUGUUGAAGGAUAACGUGUUUCCAUCGGUAAAGCCGGCUGCCGCUCUUGCAUAGUUACAGUACUGUGUCACAGAUAAGACUUUGCUUUCCACAGUUGGCCUGCCACUUUAUGUCCAUGUCCUGACAAAAAAAAACAACGUGCUUGUUUUUGUUUCUGUUCUUUUUACAUUUAAGUUUGGAUCCUCGGCGGGGCACGUGUUGGGCUUUUAUCUCGGCGCAGUGUGUCUCUGAUGUCUGCGGUACCUUUUCGUUUUGUAACAAUACGGCUAGUGUCUCACUAGCGUUAUAAACAGCUGAUUAUUCUGUAAGGUUGAUCUCAGUGAUUUACUCUUGUAUGUUUGAUAUCUACUCGUGAUCAAAAGGCAGCUUUUUCUCUGUUUACAUGCCGCUUCUAUUAUGCACAACUGUUGCGCAGCUGGAACAAGAUCCUCUACUGUCUGUAAAGUAUUGGCCUGGAAAUUGUUCACACCUCACAGCUCUUAUGACGACUGUCUAUAUAUUCCUUAAAUAUAAAUAUAACAUUCCUGUAUUAAAUGAAGCCUUAACAUAUCCUUUUUGAUAAUCCUUUCUGAUCAAAUGUAAAUAGAUAUUAACCUGAUUCACUUCUUGAAUCCUUUUCAGAAGAAUAACAACAAACCAACUAGAACUAAUUACACUUGGAACUGGGCAUAGUACAUAACAGGAUGUUCAAAUGAAAAAUAUUUCUUGUUUUCGUAGUAAUGUAACAAGGACAGCCUUACAUAAUAUUAAAUGAAGCAGCCAUAUGAACUUAAAAUGUCAGAGAAAUGGUCUUCUGUCGGCCGGCCGUGUGCCGAGGAGUUUACUUGAAUAUCAGAAUCAUUGCUCUUGUUUUCGACCCGGGUUGUUUUUGUACAUUUUGAAAAUGUGUGUGCAAAGUGUCUAUUUUUCUGCUGAAUUGUCAAUGCAAAUAUAGUAUUGUGAACUUUUGUGUGUGUUUUUUAAGUUUAAAAAUGUUUACAAACAUGUAAAGGCAGGGUUCAGGUGAAUUGUGUUUUAUAAGAAAUAAUAUAUGAAAGGAGUGUAUUUUGGCACUGAUUACUGAAAUGAUCCAGAAACGUGUGUUGAUUUAUUGUCUCUGGUAUGGAUAACACAUUUUUCUGAUAUGAGGGCUCUCAGGUAUUCGCAUAGGUUGUGUAUUUUUAUGUCCUAAAAUAUGUGAUUUUAUUUAUCAAAAGAUGCACAGUAAUUUAAAAUCGUUGGUCAACCCUCAUGACUUAAAUCAGAAGUUAGAUGAUUCAACAUCAAUGACAUAAACAUGAAGACACAUUGCUGUGAAGAAUGUAUAUUUUUGAGGCAUGGGUUUCUCUCUAUUAAAGACGUGGUUUUACUG